AUGGCACCAAAAGAGAACAAUUCACUUCAAGCUAUGGAAGACUUUUGCAAAAACAUGAAUCAAUGGGCUGAUGGUGAGGGUGAACAUCGUCGUCAUGCCUUUAACCUUGGGCAGCUGCUCUUAAAGGCAAACCCAAAUUCUAGGGGCAGAGAUGGUUCCACUCGUGGUAUAUUUAUCAUCGGUGAUCAAAGUUCUGCAAAGUCUACCACUGUAAAUAGUAUCAUCAAACAAGUUGCCCUUCAAAUGGGUGGCAAUACUGUCACUAAAGUUAGAACGUGGAUUGAGCAUCGAUACGAUCCGGAUUUGGAGCGUGCUGAGUACGACUUAGUAUUACAAAAAGAAAGAAGAAAUGAAGAUCUCCUUCGCGGUGGUAACCUACAGGCAUUAUCCGAAAAAUUCACUCGAAUAAAUAAUACCAUGGAUGAUACGACGGAAGCUAGGAUUAUCAUUCGCUCGGACAUUCCGUCAUUCGCUAUAGAUUGUUGUGAUAAUCCGGGAUUGACUCCAAUAAACGAAACGAUACAAAAAAUAACCGAUAAUAUUACACGUCGAACGCUGGAAAGGGUUUUAGAACGUCAGAAAUCAAAAAACGAUAGCAUCGUGGUGUUAUGCGUUUCAGCACUGUUUUUUGAGAAUGCGUCUUGGCCACGUCAUAUGGACCUAAUCGAACAAAUCCAUGGUGAUAACUUGAUUGUCCUUGUAACAAGAAUGGAUCAGCUCAAUAUUCGGAGCGUGGCGCAGGAAAUUAAAGACGAAGAAGAUAACAAUGCCGAAGUUGCCAACCCUGAACCCAUUCGCUGCAGCGCUUGGGAAAUCCUCAAAUGCAUUCACACAAAAAUUCAACGUCAAACUGGAUCUCGUUCGUUUCCAGAUGGUGUACAGUUUCAUUAUGCAGCUUCUAGCAGCGUUCGUUGGGAGGUGUUGUCUGGACCUAAUGGAUGGAAUGCAUUUGUAACAUCAGAAAAAGAAAACGACAAAAAGAUGCGUGAAGUUCUCGGUGUAUGUGACGAUGAAACAAGGAGCUUGCAUAAUGAACAAGCAUGGCGCGACCAUGGAAUUGAAUUGAUUCCAAUGGAUCCAAAACAGAGAUCAGAAUUCGAUAAAUGUGUCGGAAUGUCAAAAUUACAAGAAAGAUUACUCCAAAGAUUACAUGUUCACAUAUUAAAAGCUGCAAAUGAACUUUUAGACUAUACAUCUGAUUGGAGAAAAGCUGCAAAAAUGGAGUUAGAUCAAUUAUCAAAACGUAUGAAGCUUCCCGAUGAUCGAGCUGAGUUGAUCACUCGGUUUUGCAAACAGUUUAUAUUAGUAUAUCAAACUUUGUUUGCUUCACCAUUGUAUUCUCCGACGAUUAAUGCAGACCCUUGGUUAAAGGAAUUCGGGGAAGGAAUCAAAAAGGGACAAGAAAACAGUGCGGGAUACGGAUGGACUUCACGAGAUAUGUGGGAAAUUUUCGAAAGUUUAAAAGACAGCGAUGGAUAUGCGGAAUUUCCACCUCAAGAAUUUCGGGAUCAAAACUUUAAUACCUACAUGGAUGAUCUUGAUAAAUAUGUUAAACCUGCUGAAGAUAAUUUAUAUACAGCACAGAUGUUAAUACAACGACUGACACAAGAAUUCACCAUGCGAUCAACUUUGAUUCAUCUACGUGACCUUGAUGUUAGAUCUUUCGUUCCACGUCAAGUACAAUUGAGGACGUCGACCCAAUUGAGUUUCGGACAGGCUGUAGAUCAAAAGAUUAGCGAGGACUAUAGUCAGAUUUUCCAUAAACACGAAAAGAGGAAUUCUAGCGGUCAUCAUUCACACGAGGUACACGGAGGUAAUCAAUGGGUAUCUGUACUUGGAGCUCUAUGUUUAUUGCUGCAUGCAGAAUAUACUAUCCGUAUUAUGCGUGAUACGAUAUUCUCUUCCUUGUUACAAGCACAAAGUGAUGAUCCUAUGCAUGGUAUUCUUGUUUCAAAAUUUGAGCAAUACUGGAAAUUGAGAAAAGAUAAAACGAUGGACCAACAACGUGAAUCCAAUACAGAAAAUCAGAUUGCAGCGAUAAUGCUGAGCAUGCGAAAGAAACAAGGUUCAAAAAAAUUUCUUUCAACGAAGUAUAAAGUAGCACCCAUUGAAGAUAUAUCAUGGGCAAUCUAUGCCAUGUUCUUUGAGGACCCAUAUUAUCAUUUUAAAAAGACAUUAGAUGAACGUACCGAUCUGUUGAUGAUGACACAUGCCACUUCUCUUGUCCACUUUUACCAAUUGAGUGGAAUUUGCGUGCAUCAGGAUGAAGAAUACCUGAUCAGAUGGGCGGUGGACAAUCCGAAUUCGUCGUACGCGAGGGCAUUUCUAAUUCGGGAAUUUGAUGUCAAGGACAGUGUAGAAGCUUUAAUUAAUGUAGUAAAUCAAUUAAAAUCACAAAACUCGGAAAUUGACAGUACAGAACUGUUAGAAAAUAUGUUAAACUCAGGAGCUGACAUAAUUAAUGAUGCCGUUGCUAAGAAAGUUAAAUUAUCUCCCACUUAUUGA